GCUGCUCUCAAGGACAUCUUCCCCCAGUUUGUAUAAAUACCUGGGGAUUGCCCCAGCUGAACUACAGCACCUUGCACUUGGCCUUGUUAGAUCUGGUAUUGAAGCCCCUGCAAUAUCCAGGUAACACCAAUUCUUUGCUAGUAAUUUCUUUUAAAAAUACCUUCAAUCUGCCAAAAUUCAUCUAGAAUCUUGCAUAAAUUACAAAAGGCAUUAUGGACAUACUUAUUCAGACCAAAAGCAUGUUUUCCACAACACAGUUUAAAUUUCUUUCCAAGUCACUAAAGAUGCUAUUGUUCAUUUUGAAGUGAAUUUCCAAAAUGGAAUGACAAAGUCUGUACGAUAGACCAGAAAAUGAGCAUAUAGGAAGUCAUUUCAUAUAGCAGGACAAUUUCUUUGUCCAUCAGAAAUAUAGACAAAUGAAUACCCGCUUCCAAAUAAAAUUUUCCACAAGAAUCAAAGUUACUUUGAAGCAACAGGGAAUCGGUUCAAUGAAUUUAAGCACAAUACAUGAUAAAACAACUUAUUAAUAUACAAUGGCUGGAAAUCACUUCCAGUUGAGGGAAUCAACACGGAACAACUAUUGGGAAAUAGCAGAUGUUUAUCUGUGUGGCCAAGCCGAAGUAACUCUACCAAACUAGCUAGUAUGCAGGGCAUUGGAAGCAAUUUUAGCAGUAUGUCCAUGAGCACAGCAAGGAGCUGCUUUAAAAAAAAAAAAAAAGGACUCACUUUCCAAGCUAAGAUCCAAGUUCUACACAGACUAUUAACAAAUACUACUUAAAUUUACUACAGAGAUCACUGGAGAAGGGAGUUUUCCAUAUAUUUUGUUGCCUUUCUCAGUUUAAGCAUUCUUGUUAGAAGAAAAGGCCUCAGGUAUUUAAGACAGUUACUAAAGCUUUGUGGUUUCCACUGUAAAUCCUCUAUAUCCCACAAAACUAGCUGUAAAUGAGGAUAUUUAUCGAAUGGAGCUGCAGAAACUCAUGCACAAAAGCUCUUGAGGAAAUACGACACAUGGAAAGAAUCAAUAAAGGUCUCACACCCAAAACAGAUGAAAUUUGGGCAGCUUGGGAACUUGCAGCUGCUCAGCCUCACUACUUAACACUAACUGAAGAUCUACAUCACGAUUUUCCACUUUAUUUACUCCAAAGAACUAGGAAUUUUUGAGGUUGAUGAAAUGCCUCCAUAUUCACACAAACCAUAGGCACAGUGGUAAAAAAAAAAAAAAAAACCAAAACAGCUGAUGAGAAGAUGAACAUCAAGAGCUGCAAGUCUCUCAGUCUUCAAGGAUCCAUGUAGCAGAUCCAACAACCCAAAGAAGCAGCCCCAAGUGAGCAGGAAAGGCCUGUGCCCUGGCAGUGAGCCUGGGGGGCCAAAGCUCUUCAAUUCAUUGGGACGCCUUAAAAACCAAAAGGCAGCCAAAAGGAAAAGGUCUUUCUGAGGCUUUUUUGGGAACAGAUGGUACAGAAAGAAGGAGCUGAGCAGGUUGCAACAGGCAAGCUCUUCCCCAAAAAUCUCAAUUUCUGUAACAAUUUCUGUUUUCAUUAAAAAGUGUCAAGUUCAUGCUGGGAGCGAAGGGAGAGUGGUCGGGACAACCUGAUCUUAUGGAGCAGACACCUGGAAUGAAAAAGUCUCAUAAGACAAGCAGAGUAAGUUUAUUUUCCACAGUCUUUAAACUGCCUCUGAACGUUUGGUACUUGUGCUCAUUGGCCUUCUCUCCCCUGCUGUGCUGAAUCAGAGCUUCAUAAAGUCCCUGCUCUUUUCAGAAUGCAAAAGGAACACUUGUGACAGGCAGAAAAUGCUACCACUGGCACUGGCAUGUCACUUCAACAGGGGAGAACUGCGCAACCAAAGAUGCUGUACAAUCUAAAUGAAAUUAUGUUGUCCAUCCCCUGGAAAGAAAAUCUUCAUUUAGCACUUAAGAUCAGCAAUAAUUGGAUGUAAAGCCUGGGGGAAAGACAUGAAAAAAAUCCGAAUAUAGUAAAGAAAAAAAUUUGAGAGACAAAACUGUAUUAUUGAGGGAAGACUUGUUUCAAAACAACAGUGAAAUACGCAAAAUCUGCAUAUAAUGCAAAAACAGAACAGAGUAGUAGAAUGAAAGCAACGACAUUUUGGCUUUUCAAUUGCAUUUUGAAGCACUCCAGACCUGUGCUCUUCAUAAGAAGCUGUAAGAAAUCCUCAGACUUAAUUCCUCUUGGGUAGCUAGAAUGUCUGUUCAGUUACUAGAAAAAGACUCAAUUGUGAAAAAUCCCCUUGAAAUGUUUCACUGGGCAGAUGGUGGACUAAGCCCUCCUGCCUUCGAGAGAUCAUCCGGUCUUUUCUCCCUAACAAUUUUGCAAAGUGCUUAAAUCGCUUACUGACUGAUUAGAACAAUUAUAAACUACUCAUUAGAGAACACAAAAAUAGGUACGCAGUUUCAGUUAUUGGAAGCCCUUUCUGUUCUUCCAUUGCCACUGAAGAUGGAUCUAUACUGUUCUGCUUGUGCUUUAAAUUUUAAACGUCUAAAGAUUAGUGGAAACACCUGGGAGCCAUUACAACAUUGCAAAAUCCUGACCAUCUCCACAAAAUGCAGCAAGUGUGAGAUGUGUUACAGAACUUACAAAGUAAUAGUGAAAAUUUGUUAAGAAAAAUAAAGGCAGGCAAUACUGACACUUGUGGUCAUUUUUAGAUUGCUAUUUUUCACUCAGUUACAAAUGUGCUUCUGAUAGUUAAGAAAUACACUGUGAUCACAGAAUAGGCACUCAGAUUAGAAAUACUCUAUAAUCCUCUCUGCUCUAAAUGAUAUAUUGGAAAAGUAUCCUUUUUGGAUCAUUGAGACCAACGGCCACUGGCUGUAUGCAUAAUUCUUAACACAGUUUAAGAUCAGCGUUUAUGACGUUCUUAUGAACACAUUUCCAGAGGGAAAAAGAAAAGUUCUGAAGCAAAAAUAACCACCCUUGAGAACACUGUCAUUACUCAUUUUGAAUUGUCACUUGACAGGGUUUUAAUGCUUUGAAACUUAAAUACAACAUUUUACUCUGAUAAAACAGAAUGAUCUUUGCAGAGUAUUUGUGGAGCAUUCAUAAAGCAUGACCCAUAUAGAAAGAUUCAAUUUACAUGUCAGCUGUGAUGCACGUAUUUAGUUUAACUUCCAGGGGACUUGUAGCCAUCAGGCAGAAAAUUAUCUUUCUAAGCAGUACACCUGACUGUUGCAGCCACUGUAAACUCAUUUGAGAAACUUCUGUUACUGCUGCCAAGAGAAAGCUUUCCUUAAAUGGCUCCUUCCCAGGGUCUAGUUUGUCUUAAAACUAGUUUGACAAGAUAUGACUGCUCCCUAAAAGUUACACAAAGUAAGUUUUUCAAGAUUUUUGGAUAAAGUAUUCUGAAGUCACACACCUUUGUUUUGCACAGAUAUUCCACACAAUCAAAGUCUUGUGCACAAGUUACUUUACAUACCUUAAAUGGCUUCCUGCAUCUGCUUUUAACGUGAUACAACUUACUGCACGACCUUGCACUGGCCACAUUAACUCUACAGCAUUCCUUACAUUCACACAGCACAUCUGCACAUCACUAUAACUCCUCCCUAGCCUUAGUAGAUCUAAGUAUUUCAAACACCAACAUUGCAGCUUCUAAUUUAAGAUGUAACCAUGGCAACAUCAGAGAACAUACUACUCCUUGGAUCAAGAACAAGCAGACCACUGACCCUUCACAGUGAGAUUUGGCCAAAAUAAAGCUCAUUGCAAUCUACUACCACAGCAAGACUACUUAAACCUUCAGGUCACACUUACAGAGCAAAGCAAGUUCCGCCCUCCCGAAACACCCAGGAACACACAGUACUGCACAGAAGUACUGAAAAAGAAAGUUCUAUAAAAGGAAGUUUUUCUGAAAUGUUAACUGUCUCAGCCUACCAUCACAUACACAGAUAGAAAUCAGCGGGAAGGGGGGCAGGCAGGGAAAAGGGCUUUUCUUUACACACCCACAAGAUAAACUAAGACCUGCUCAUCUUUAAAUGUAAACAAUGGGUGAACAGAAGAAAUGGCUCACUAAGAUUUAAAAAUUCCAGAUUCGACUUGUGUGUUGCUACGUCAAACUUGACAUCUUGCAACACGAACAACAGCUCUGCCUGAACUUUACAGCCUAUGCACAAGUGAUACGGUCAUUUAAUUUAAAAGCCAGAACUAGUGUCAUCGCCUUCUAUCUAGAAAGCAAAUGGCCUUUGAGGUUUUUAUACCUCUAAUAUUAGCAUUUAUGGAAAGAGACAAACACCAGUAGGUAAAUGUGCUACUUAGAAUUCACAACCCUUUGGACGUGCACUUUAAGAAUGAUAGAAACAUGAGUAAAUUAAGCCAGCAGAAACUUUUGUCAGUGGAAACACUAUGGAUCUCAGUGAGCAUUCUGUUGAGGUUUAGACUUGUUUCUCAAGUACAUUCUUAUAUAUGUCUGUUCCAAUGAUUGAAAAAUCAGUCAAGAUUUACAUUACUGACAUCAAAGUCUGUCAACAGAGGUUAAGUUAACCACAUGAGUAUCUCACUGCCCUACUGGUAGUCCAGGAUACAGCAAGCUGACAGAGCUAACCUCUGUCAUGUUUGUACACACACAGCAAUGGACUAUAUACCCUAUGUAAUAUACAGAAAUGUAAACGUAAGAAAUUGCAAAUCCAGUAGAUGGGACACACAUACAUCCUUUCAAAACACUGGUUCUGAAUUACUCAUUGAAGUCCCAGAACAGUAAGCAAUGCUGGCUGGAAGCAUCUCCUCUCCCACUCCAUUCCCACAAGUUGCCUCCCAACCCAUCCUCCAGCUUUUUUGAAAUUAAAGAUUUCUAGAAUGGAGGAGUUUUAUUUGUAUUAAAUAUUUGGGGAAUAUGGCCAUGUUCCUAAACCAGUCCCAGGUAAGAUAAUAGGAUUUGCAGAAAAUGUCAUUAGAACAGGAAAUGCAUACAUUAAAUACAAGACUAAAUUAACAGAGAAAGUAAGUAUGCAUAGGUGAUUUAGGGGAUUAUAAGUCUGAUGAUGUUUCUAGUAAGUUACCAGAACAUGCAUCUAGACUAGUAAAACACAGCGAGUCUGGAGAAUCAUUAUGCACUAGCAAAGGAAGCACCUCCCCAAUCCAACCAGAGAUACCAUACGACAGACCCAUUAUAUUUUCUUUAUCCUUUGGCUAAACAAACAAAGAAAAAAAAAAUCAGUCCAGAGCACUGAAUUCAUUCUCUUUUCAAAAAAGGAUGGACAAACACUUAGGUAGGAAUGCUGCUAGCUUGCCAUCUUCAGCAUCCCCUACCAAAAGAUUUUUUUAAAGCAUACAGCAAAUAUAAUGAGGUGUUUCAGCACAGAAGGGCCAGUUACUGACAGGACAGAAACGACAGGAACUCACAUUCUAUUAUGAGCAGAAAACCAAAAGAGAUGCACUUUCUGAUCCAUCAAUAAUUGAAAUAAAGCUUAACGGUUUAUAUAUGAAUGCCUUCCAACUCAACUGGCUAACCUAAGGUUACAAAAAGCAGCUUUGAUAGGGUAAAAAUAUGAAACAUGUAAAGUAAGUAUGAACCAAGAAAUAUCUAUGUUCCUCAUAGAAGCACAAAAAAAUUUUUACAGAGAGCACCAAAUGGGUUAAAUCAAGCUUUGGUGUUUAAAUGCUUCUAAUUCCUUUGCAAAGCAGAACAGCCCUUGGAAUACUGAAAUAGAACAUCUCGCAUUAAAAAUCCCCCAGAGAAUCAUAAGUUACGGUGUCAAGGAAAAGUGAAAACAAUUUGAGAAAACCCUCAAUCAUUCAUUUAAUCAUCAUACAAUUUUUAUACUAUUCACCUAUCAUUGUGCUUGUGCUGAAUAUGUAUCAUUUAUCAAAUAGGAGGAAGAGCCUGUAAAGGUUUCUGGCUGCCUUUGGGUUUAGUCAAAAUGAAUGCAAACAAUCACGUGGGAUUCAGCCAAGCAGUGACGUUAAAUUCUGCUCUGUCAGAAGACAGCAUCUGUCAAAGCCCACAUUUAAACUGCUGCCUGCCUGUGCAGCAGCCGAAGGACUACGGAAUGGAUUUAAUAGACCAGAAUCCUCGGUUAAAACAGCUCGAAACCAUUUCUACUACUGCCUAGCAACAAUGAAGGAGGGAAGAGAGACAAAUCCUAUUACUAAAGGCAACUGAACCACUACGUGCUAGCACUCACUGCUAACAUUACCGUUAGAAAUAUGGAUACUGGGAAGAGGAGAACACAGCACUGCAUUGUCCGACAAGGGAAACACCAGAUGUAAAAGCUCCAAUCUAUCGGCUGGGAACGCCAGACAGCCCCGACCGCCGGAGCACGAACGAGAACUACUGUCCUUUUGUUUGAAGGAUGAACAAAAAGCCCCAAGACAAGGACAACACUUAUGAGCAAGGAAGGUAACACAGCAACGAGCCGACAGAUGGACAGAUUGGAUACUGUGAAAAGCAAUCGCAGGAAGCAGACUGUUGGGGGAUGUGCGCAUGUUCGAUAGCAUCUUUUUUGCUGAAGUGAUGGCGUGCCAAAACUAUUUUCUGUGGGUAUAAUCCUCGCACCAUAAAUGGCCUGACCAGGGAAGAGAGCCAUUUGCAGAGAAUUACUCGAUGUGAACAAAAGGAAAUGAAUACCAAAGAAUAGCAGUGGAUUUGGAAAGGAAGCAAACAGCAUUUUGCUUGGCCAUUGUCUCACACCCCAUCAUUGGAUUCCUACAACAUGCUUCAGUGGAGAAGACGACACUGCUGCCUUGCAAAGAUGACCUGGAAUACCAAAAGGUCUCUAUUUCGCACCCAUCUUAUUGGCCUGAUCUCUCUCGUAUUUCUUUUUGCUGUGUUUCUGUUUUUUAACCAUCACGACUGGCUGCCAGGCAGGGCGGGCUUUAGAGAAAAUCCCAUGACUUACACAAUCCGAGGAUUUAGAUCUACAAAAAGCGAGAUGAACCACAGCUCUCUAAGGAAUAUGUGGAAAGACACCGUACCUCAGACCCUCAGGCCUCAAACAGUCACCAACCCCAACAACACUGACCUGUCGCCGCAAGGAGUAACUGGCUUGGAAAACACCCUCAGCGCUAAUGGAAGUAUUUACAACGAGAAAGGUACUGGGCAUCCAACCUCAUAUCAUUUCAAAUACAUCAUCAACGAGCCUGAAAAAUGCCAGGAGAAGGUCCCUUUCCUGAUUUUGCUCAUAGCUGCAGAGCCAGGCCAAGUGGAAGCCAGACAGGCCAUUCGACAAACCUGGGGUAAUGAAAGCCUAACGCCUGGCAUUCAAAUUGUUCGCAUCUUCUUGCUGGGGCUAAGUACCAAGACAAACGGGUACCUCCAGCGUACCAUCCAGGAGGAAAGCAGACAGUACCAUGACAUCAUCCAACAAGAAUACUUGGAUACCUAUUAUAAUUUAACCAUUAAAACUCUGAUGGGAAUGAACUGGGUUGCAUCGCAUUGUCCAAGCGUUCCCUACGUCAUGAAAACUGACAGCGAUAUGUUUGUCAAUACAGAGUAUUUAAUACACAAGCUUCUUAAGCCAGAGCUUCCUCCGAGGCACAAAUAUUUUACAGGAUAUUUAAUGAGAGGUUACGCACCUAACAGGAACAAGGAUAGCAAGUGGUAUAUGCCACCUGAUUUGUACCCAAGCGAACGUUACCCUGUAUUCUGCUCUGGAACCGGUUAUGUUUUUUCUGGAGAUUUAGCAGAAAAAAUCUUUAAGGUCUCCUUAGGCAUCAGACGUUUACAUUUAGAGGAUGUAUAUGUGGGGAUCUGCCUCGCUAAGCUGCGAAUUGACCCCAUGCCUCCACCCAACGAAUUUGUCUUCAAUCACUGGCGAGUUUCUUACUCCAGCUGUAAAUAUAGCCACCUAAUUACCUCCCAUCAGUUCCAACCUAGUGAACUGAUCAAAUACUGGAACCACUUACAACAGAAUAAGCACAAUGCCUGUGCCAAUGCAGCAAAAGAGAAAGCAAGCAGGUAUCGCCACCGUAAACUGCACUAGAAGGACAACAUUCCCUCUGUCAAAUGUAUUCCAUGUGCAAUUUGUAAAUAUUGCUGAACGCAUGUACAGUGAAAAUGGAUGAGCUUCAUGGGACAGCCUUUAGUUGAUGCCCAUCACAUAGUGGAGUCUGAAAAUUAUUUUUUUAAUUUGAAAAAAGUAUAGUUCUUGAUAACAGUAAUGUUAUAAAACCAUAACCAAAAGGUUUUCCCAGCAAAUUUGAGGAAAAAAAUGGAGAUAAUGAUUUUUUGUGUUAAUGUGCAAUAAUAAGCAUGCACACUCCAGUGGUACAAUUGCUGACUUAUGUGCCAAUAAAAUCUAAUUGAGCAUAUUUUCCACACAAAUUUUAUUUUUAAGACAAUGCAUUCAUAGCUCUUGCUCUUUUAAAUGUAAUGAUUUCUUGUCUAGCAUUGCUCUAAGUAAAACAAAAAAACAAGAAACAAAGGAAAUGCACAAAGGGGAGAUGAAUCUUACCUUCAAAUACCACACGAAAAUUACCACUCACUUCUUAGAAAUGCAGUACACUUAGCAGCAUCACGUUUAAAACAAAGACACCGUUAAACAAACUCUAAAACAUUGCAAAAGUAAUUCCUUUAAGUCAGUCUACUUUUAGCAAGGUUGCUUUUUUGGCUAGGGAAAAAGGAUAAAUGAAAACAAAGCUCAGAAAACCACUACUUUGCACAUCUCCUGAAACUCACAGCAGGUGUUCUCGAUUCAGGUCUAGUUUCUCCUCCAAGUUAUUCUAUACAAGUUACAGGGUGAGCCACAGAAUCCAGGUGCCAAACAGCACUGGCACCUACGUGCAGAUUCAUUCAAUCUGUGUUUAUUUCCUUACAUAACAUCAAGAUAGUUCCAAAGGCUAAAAAGAAACGCAAAAGCCUUUCACCAUAGUCUCAAAAAUGUCCUAUUUUGUACAAAGAGGGAGAAAACCAACUCAAUCUUGAUUUGUUUUACUAUUUACUGCCUAUCAGAAAAAGGAUCAGUUAAGCUAAAAUAGGACUGCAAGAGGAAAUUAAGCCGAACUUUACCUUGCAGACAGAAAGGACUAAAUCAUAAGACUAAUAUUUCCAGAUAGAAUUAUGGGCAAAAGAAAAUGGAUGAAGAAUUAAAUAUUAAAACCACAACAUCUGUCACUGAAAACAAGAUGGGAGAAGUAGGUUAAAUCUACUUGCAGGUUUUCAAAUUUUUUAACAAGCAGAACUUUUAAAGUGAAGCAGUGUUGCAUCAGAAUCAGGUUAUUGCUACUUGUCACUGUAAGCAACACUCACCUGUGCAUUAGCAGCAGAGGAUGGAACUGUGAUUAGUUUUAUUUGACCAAUACUUUUUAAUCGGAUAAAGCUCAAUUAUUUGAUGUACUUUUAUUAUUUAAUAAAACUGAUUAUAUUUAUGGCCCUUCAGACUUCACUUAUUAAUGGUAAAGCUACUCAGGAGGAAAUAAUUUGCUAGCAUUACCUGUCUUUUCCUCAUUUCCCCUAAUUCUUAGUUUUCAUUCCAUGUAAAAUAUAGAGAUUCCAAAAGGUGUUUGUUUUCCUUUGUAAUGAAAAGAAGAAUGGUAUAACCGAGCACUCAGCAACACUAUGAGUGUCUAUUUCCAGGACCUCACACAUUUAAGCAGACUGUGUCACACUGAACUAGCAGUCCUACAGAAUGCCAGGAAAUCCUAUUGAAGGUGGCUAUUGGAAUUUGCUCCUUUUUUUUUUUUUUUUUUUUAAGGUCCUCCAAUAAACCAUCACUCUCUGUAUUUAAGGUAUGAUAAUCAUAUGUUUGUGCAUUUCCUACAUACCUCAAAUGAUAGAGAAGGGCAUUUCUGGGGAAAGCGAGAGUGUUUAACAGCACGUUUCUGCACAAAGGUCUUCUCAAACUAACUAGACUGAAAGUGCAUUGACUUAGUUUCGUUGAAGGUUACUGGCAUUCAUGUGACACGGCUGCAACAGAAAAUUGCAGAAAAUACAUCUUUGGGAGUAUUCUUCGAACACUCGUUUGUAGUUCUCACACCCUGAGCUAACACAAGCCACAGCUAAUACCCCAGCUGAAAGCUGCCUGGCUUAUGUUAACUAUACCCGUAUUAACUAUUACUAUGCUUAAAACAAUCACAAGCAAUUGUUAGACAACUAGAGAAAGCCACGAACUAUCCACGAGCAUUUGGCUGUAGAAGACGUACAGUCACACAAGCAGCCUCUCCUUGAGUCACGCUGGCCAAGGACACAGUCCUCCCUCCUGGAGGGGCUUCAACACCAUUCCCUGCCUUCAGCACUUUCAAGCUAGAAUGUAAUAUAAUGUACUCUACUUGGACUUCCCCGACUCUGGCUAGUUCAAAAUGCUGCUACUGGCUUCUGGGUACAGUCCAAGAGGUUAAUAACUAAACCUUAAAUAGUUUGGCACUUUAAUUAUGAAGUUUGGCAGCCAAACAACCUCUCGGGUACUCCAGUUUGGAGCUCAUACACGAUACCAAUCUGCCCGAGUUUGGCAGAAUUAUGUUACAAUACCUAUGAGUUCAACACACUGAACUUCUUUCUAGUUAAAAUAUAAGAUGAUGCAAGAAAAAAAAAAAGCCAUUUGUAACGUUCUUUUAAGAGCCUGACAAUUUUUAGAAAUUUGAAUUAGUACUUGAGUAUAAUUUGAAAAUGAUCUAUAAACAUUACAUACUCAAACCAUCAUCUAAACAGUCAACAGCUACUUAAAUCUUUUGUGUCCAAGUAUUGUUUUCUUGCAGUCUGUUAUGAAGCUUUCAGAAAUGGGAGGGAGAGCUUGUAUGGUGAAAUAUGCAAUUACAGAAUGAAAGAUCUCUUUGCAUUCUUUGUGUUAUUACCACUAUGUAGUAGCUUGAGUUGAAGCUAUCUGCCCAAUGUAGAAGAGCACAAAAACAGCUGAUGUUAAAAACAGUGCAAUUAUUAAUGUCAUUAAAACCUUUGACAAGUUUUCACACAUCCUAUCCAACAUAAAGCAGGACUAAAAAUGCAUUGUUAGUAGCAAUAGGAUACAAGUUUCUGAGUUUAAUGUAUCUGCAAUGCAGUAAAAAAAAAAAAAAAAUGGAUAACACCAGUCUGCUUACCAAGAUGUGUAAUUUUUCUCUUUAAAUGUCUCUGUAUGUUUGUUUCAGUUUGAGAAGAAAUACAAAAACAUCUGACAUGACUCUAAAUUUAUUAAAGAAAACGGUCAUCAUCAGCACCGUCACCACGGCAAAGAAAUACUUUGGUAAAAAGAAGCAAGAGAUGAAUUUAGUAAUUUUUCUUCAUUUAACUUUCAAUUGAGAAUUUAAGCAUUCAUAUUAGACAACCAAAAUAAAGUUCCACAAAUAUCUUCCACCAACAACAGGUUUGUUGGUCUCCAAUUGUAUUAGUAACCAGAAUUAUUUGCAGAUCAUUCCAUAUCGCAUUUGAGCAUGGAAAUUGCACAAGUACAGCUGCUGGAGUAAGAAAGAUUAUCCUAUCCCCAACCACUGAUCCAUUUCUCACAAAGUUCAUGAUCUAUUCUACGUAGAAAAAAACUACACAUAAAGGUACUUCCAAACCUCAGUGGUUCCUUUGAGGAAAUAAAAUAAGAUUAGCGUCCAUUAAGAUACUUAUGUAAACAUUAUGAAUUAUUUCUCUGCUCUAGAAUUUAAAAUUAUAUCAUGGCAGUGAUCUAGGAAAAUAACAAAGACUGGUUGUCAGGUCAAGCAGACUAAAACAAUGAUUUAAAAAUUUGCUCUCUCUGCAAUGCAGUCAAUGUCUUGUAGGCCAUCUUUACAAGUUUCAUAACAUAUUAUCAUGUAUUAAUGAUUCAAAAUCAGUACGAGAUCAGGCAUGAUCUGAGCAUGGGGAAAGAAUCUAGAAGCCAUUGCUGUAGACAGCCCCAACACCAUCCCUGUUCAUCUCCCAACACACUAACAAAAUACCCCAACACACUUAGAUCUCAAAUACCUACCAAAAACAACACAACAAUAAAACACCUACAACCUUAUCCGUAGAAUGAAUGCCCACUGUCAUUUGUGAACGCUUUUCAGGAGGAGAUGAAAGAGAGACGACAUUAACCUAAAAGUUGCCACUUUUUAGAUUCAAGCUAUUGGCAAGGUUUGUAACUGCUUUGCUAAACCAUCGACAGUUGUAUCAUUUUUUCAUUUUGAGAACGCAUUUUUCGAUCCUCACUUUAUGCUGUCAGAUAACACAAGUAACCAUUGGACAAUUUAUUUACACUAUGAUAACUGCAGCUAUGGAAUUUUAAAAGCAUUAUCUUCAUUUUUCAUUUCUGAUUUUUUACUUAGAAAGCAAUGUGGGAUUUCGGGUAGAGCAGAGUUUUACCCUUCUGACCCCAAUAAUUUCAGACUGGGGAUCAUCCCUAUCAUACAUUGCAUUUGCUUUAUUACUACAGAUGGAAACUCUAGCCUAUGUCCAGCUCUGCUUUGCAGGCCACUCAGAAGGGGAGCACAGGGAGAGGAGGGAAGCAGGGAGCUGCACCGCCAGCCAGGCAGUGCUGUACUUGUAAAUGUAGGUCAGGAAGCAGAGAACGAGCUCUUUGCUUCGUACCCAAGGCAAGAAUGAAUUUAAACGCUUUCUAUGGCAGGAGGAUGGGGGAGGGCUGCGGAGAGCAUUCUUGCAGUAGGUCAGUUAAAAAAGCUCUUGAAUGUGGAAAAAAAACCAGAAGAAUGAAAUGAAAACCACAGCAGCUGAUCAACACCACACAGGUUAAGAAGUAUACAUGUCCCAUAUAAAUAGGGCAGCCUUAGUCAUAAAGAAAAGCUCUGUAAGCGAGGCCAAAUUAGAAAGCAUCGUCUGAACUUCCAGUGAUGAGUGUUUGCAUUUCUUUCCUCCUAGAGGAAAUACAAAUCUAAAGUAAACUCAUUCCUGUGACUAAACUUCUAGCUUGUGCUUGCAGUACAAGCUUUAUUGCUACAGCCUGCUCCAAAGCAAUUACAAGAAAUGGCAUGAUGGCAUGAAGAGCCGGUCAGGAGCUGCAGAGGGGCUGUUUUACAUACAGGAGUGCCAACAGAAUCAAGUCAUAGGCAGACAACUUGAUCAGUUUUCCCUAGGACUUGCAUUUCAUCCCCAAAGAAGGCGUUUGCUACACUUCUCAUUUGUCCCUAGUUAACUUGAAAGAAAGCCAGGCCAGGUACAAUGUAGUACCUUCACCUCCUAGUGAAACGACUACAUAAGAAUUCAGCUGAACAUGGGAUAGAGAUGAAAACUACCAUGUUGCCAUUCUCAUAUUGCCAUGGCAACAGUUAAAAGAGCUCUCUUCAGCAGUUAAAUCUGACAGCUUUCACGAUAACACUAAGUGGAUGAUAGUAAUGAUGCGUUGCGCUCCACGAGCCAACCAGUGCAGGAGUCAAACCACAGGGUACGAGCCAUGCCCCACACUGUUUUCCCAGCACUGCCUGUGGUCAAAGAGUUCUGACCGAGAUAGUAACCUCCAGUUACUCCUCUCAAAACAAGUUCCUGCAGCACAGGGAACGCUCGUGGCUUACAGCUUUAUGUAGUCUCCAAGGUUUCCAUUUGAAUGCUUAAGUCGUGCACAGAUGCUGUACCGGGUGGAGAAGUCAAGACUGCUUAAAUGCUUGAUGGGAAUGUUCUCAAAGGGCUCCAUUCACCUGGGAAUGCGUGAGAAAAGAAUAUGCUUUCUAUAGAGCGAACAAAAUUGCUGCUGCUGUGUUUUCAGCAUCAUUUGUCUGAGCAAGGAGGAGGUAAGCAGUGGCUGGUGUCUUGCUAUAAUGCCGACCAACAUGUAACCAAUGUAGGCAUCUUCAAGUAAAAAAAAAAAAAAGCACGCUGCCUCACUGGAGGCCCAAGUAUGCUGAUGGAUAUGGAAAUAUAUCUCUGAAGACAAGCUUAUCAGGACAAUCUCAUCCACCUCCUUCUAGCCUAUUUAAGCUUUAUCUAAUAUUAACUGACAUGUUAGCUGUUUAACAUCAAUAUUCCGUGAACCACUCUCACUGUGAUCUCCCAGAUACUUAGCUUGGGCAUGAUGGAAAAGCCUCUACAUAUUUAUCUCAUUAGAAAGAGAAGUGUGUGAAGCAUUACUCACCCUAAUGUUCUGAGGAUAACAGGUUUGAUUUUGUCUUGCAACUGAUUCAAUAAAAAGAAGAUGAGAAAACUGAGAACAGUGUGAAACCCUUAAAAGUUCAAGAUUUCCUAAGAUGACAAACAGAUCAGAGUUAAUAGUUAUGAUUGCCAGCAUGUAAGAAGUCUUCAAAAAGUUAAAUAUUCCCAGUUCCUCCUGUUGACAUAUUAACAAACUUUUGUAUUACAUUAAAAAUUUUUUUAGAAGUCUGUGCCAUCACAAAAGCACUGAAUUCCUCCACUCUUGAGAAGUCAACAACAUCUUUGUUGGGGAAAGGCCAAGUGUUCCCACGCUAUAAUAAGCCCAAGGUUCAAAACAAGAAAAACUGACUGCUGCUGGAAAUGCUUUUGUAAUAAAAUACCAAACAAGUCACCAAGGAAAACAAAACCCUAACUCACUGCCUUUAUUAAAAAUUUAACAUAUCCAGCAUUUAAAUGACAUCAGGUCUAAGGAAACGUUAAGAGAGAGUCUAAGUUUCUUUCAUUCACCGCCGCUGUCAUCAUCUCUAAGCCAAGUAUGAAUUUGGCACAUAAAGAAAAGCUACGUCACAGUUAAAGCCUGUUGUGCCAUAAUAUAUAGGUUGAUGUGACAUAAAACAAAAUGAAUCACUGGAAAAUGCCAUCUGUGACUCAGUCUAAAAUUUUUCAUGUAAAAAAAUUUAGUACUGCCACUUACUGCAAAUUCCAGCCUUUUUAUAGGCAUCCCUCCCAAGUCCACCUAGGCACUGAUUUUUGUAGACAUAGAAAUUCAACUGUCUAUGAGAACAACCAAUUUCCCAUUAUAUGAUCUUUGAAUAUUUUAAAGCUUUGCAUUUUAUUCUUUUAUAACUUGGGAAACAAUAACAUUAUGUCACAACAGUUUAAAGAAACGAGACUGUAAUUUAGGUAUGUUCUUCACAUUACUUAAGAUUCUAAAAUAAGACUAAAUAUCAUAUACACACCUGAGGGCACUACACAUCUGUUCCUCAAAAAGCCAAUUGCAAAGCUUAUGCUGUUAGCACCAUGAAGCACAACGAAAGGGGAAUAAAAUAAAAAUAAUUUAAUUACAUGGUUCUUAAGUAUAAAUGCUCCUUCAGCUCAGGAGGUAUUCACAGUAAUGCCCCUCCUGAUCAGGAGAAAAUUAUCUUUCAAAUAGGAACUGAUUUGCAAAAGCAGAUGCCCCAUCCCUGCAGCCAUUCAAGGCCUGGCUGGAUGUGGCUCUGGGCAGCCUGGACUGGUGGUUGGCGACC